ACGACGUUGGACGAUCGGCGGGAAGCGAUUGGAGAACGUCACGAGGGUCCGCGACUGAGAUAUGAUCGUCGGCGCGCGAUCCGCUCGGUAUCAUAAUCCGGGAUGUAGAAGCUAACGUCGACGUCGAGAGUGCCGAUUCCAUCGGGAGGCAGCGCCUUCGGAUCGCCGAAGCAUGAACGUAGGGAAUCCCCGAAUCGUCUGCCUCGCGCUCACCCUCUUCGCCUUCUUCGAAAGAGGGUGGGCCAUCGACUGUUUCAAGUGCGUCUCGAUCAAUGGCAGCAACAAACCCUGCGAUGACCCAUUUCACAACAAUGAUAGCCGCGUCUUCUUAGAGUCGCCCUGCCUGGGGAGUCGGAAAGGCCGGGACGGCCUCUUCCCAGCGACCUCUUGUCUCAAGAUUGCCGGCGUAUACGAUGAAUCCGGUGGGACCCUGAUGGUGAGGACCUGCGCGCUGGACAGCGGAACCCUGACAACGGACUCCGAGAUCAUUAGAAUGUCCCACUGCGGUGGUUUCUACUUCGACGAAAAGUACUUGCGCGGAUGUGUGCAAUCCUGCAACGACGCGGACGCGUGCAACGCGUCGUCGAGGAAUCUCGCGCCGCUGAUCGCCCUCGUGUUGCCGAUCCUCGCGGGACUCGCGUGAUCUCCGUUUUCGCGCGACGCGAGAGUGCAAUCGGAUGAAAACGAGAAUCUGGAGCUGCAUUUCCGAUAUUCAUCGUGCAGUGCUGAAAAUCUACGUGCGUUAAUUCUGUGCACUAUAAAUUAUUUUCAGCACUGACACAGUGAAUGUUGGAAAUGCGGGCCUGGAAGAGGAUGGACGACGACAUUGAGAGAUUACAACGGCGAGCGCGCUGUAGUGGAUAUUAACGAUGAUCUUUCUCAUAUUAAUUAAAUCUUACAGUACGAUGCAUCGAGCAGACCACAUAUAGUGAAUUUAUACUGCCAGAUUACGAUUAAUAAGCUAUUUAUAGUUGUUAUUUAUAGUUUGUAAUAUAGGCUCUCUCGUUAUUUUCAAGCAGCAAUCCACGCGCUUUUUAAUUUAGCUAUCACCGGCUAUAUGUGCGAUUGAUUAUAAUUAGAGUUUCAUAUAUCAAUAAAGCAGCUCUUCAAAUUGUUAAACGGA